GUGAUAAUGUGAAGGGAAACCGCACACAAGCCCCACACUUCCAUGAUUAAUGUUUAACUCCCGGGAGUGCCCCAGGCAACUCAGUAAGAACAGCUCGCGUCCCUGGCAUGGCAACAUAAACUCCAGCCUAUCACCCAGCGAGCAGCACCAAAGUCUUCAGCCUGAGGAACAGCAGCCUCCUGGCAGUGAUGGGUGCCUGCCUUCACCCCUUGGAGGGUCCAGAUGUCGCAAGCCAGCCUCCCAGUGGUCCCCUCUUUUUCCAUCCUUACCUCAAAGGCUCCCAGGUCAUUAUGGACGAGUCCCACUGCAUAGCGAGCAGAGCAGCCACGUUCUGCAACGGCAUUGUCUUCUCCAGCCGGCCUAUUGAACUUUAUGAGAAGGUGACUUUGAAAAUCUUAAAGGAAGAGAGCAGGUGGUGUGGAGGCCUAAGGGUGGGCUUCACUUGGGAGGAUCCGUCCCUCGUUGAGCCCAGUGUGCUGCCUCCGUAUUCUUGCCCAGACCUGGUAAAGCAAGGGAAGUGUCGUGCUGCUGUCUUACCGGAAGAAUAUGAAGCAGAAGGCACCAUUGUCAGCUUCUGGGUGGACAACCAAGGUUCUGUUUUCUGCAGCACCAAUGAGAAGUCAGAAGGUUUCCUUGUGGUAGAUGGCGUCUUGGUCACAAGGCCUCUCUGGGCUGUUGUGGACAUCUAUGGAAGGACCAAGGCAGUCCAGCUUUUGGGUCCUUCCAGCCUACCGACAAAUGCUGAUGGGCUCAGCCUUCUUCAACAGAGUGAGUCCACCUGUGGGGAUUUCCAUGCCUUUCCUGAGGAAUGUGCUGUAUGCUUUGGGCAAAAAGCCAACACGAUGAUGCUUCCUUGCUCUCAUGCCAACUUCUGCUCCCACUGUUCACUGAAAAUUUUCCAUACCACCAGUCGCUGCCCAUUGUGCCGGCAGGAAGUGAAGAAAAUUAUUCCCAUCUCUGUUUUGGCAGAAGGAGAGAGCCCAGAAGUCUGGCCGGAAUAAGCAAAGAAUAGCCAGCCCCUGUGGUGACAAAAGUAUGUACUAUCAAAGCUCCUGAAAUAUUUCAAAUCUUGAUGGGAACCCACCGAGGUGGAGAAGACAAAGGCUGACUUUAAAAGAGAGAUGCACAACGAAGAGAUCACUGUGGCAGAAAAGAUGUGCUACUGAGAUCUUUCUCACUCUCUCCAUGGCCUGAGAGGGAGGUGUAUAAAAAGGACUCUCCGUAAUAAGACACUUUGCCUUUAAAAAGCAGAGAACCAUGGUGCUAGAUUUAGAACAGUGACAUCUAAAUUCAACAGUAGGACUGAAACAUGUUAAGGAGAAAGUGAGGGAUCAAGCAGAUGUUUAAAAUAUCCACCACGGGGGGAGUGAAGACUGCACUGGGAGCAAAGUGAAGAAUACCCUUUAAUAACCUCACAUUUCAGCAGUAAUUUUCUCUCCCAAGCAGUCUCAGUGUUACAGUUUAACCAACGCCAUUGUAAACUGCUUUUCAUGCACAGCUUAAUCUUAUCUCACAGCCAUGCAAAAAGUGUUUGUCUUUUAGGCUGUUAGAUAGGAACAAGCCGAUGGCAGGUAAACCAAGGCAGGUGCAAAGUUUAUGUCCAUGGAGAGAGAGACUCUCCAAACAGGGCAAAAUGUUGGGAAGCUGGUUAGGAGAUUCCAAAAGGGGCAGGGUCACAUGGGCAGUAGGAGGAGCAUAAAGCAGCCUUCUGCCCUCCAGAUGUUUUGUAGUGCAAUGCCCAUCAAGCCAAGGGGUGGCUGGGGCUGGUGAGGGCUGUAGAGUUGUCUAGAGGGCACCAGGUUGGAGAAGCCUUGCAGAAUCCAUUCUAUCAGCAGAGGAACAGGAAGCCCUGAAUUCCCCAGGAGGCCUGCUGUCUUUCCUGCUGUUUCGUGGAAUGGGAAAUUCCCUUUCCAGGAAGAGGCCCAAGACCUCAUCAUUCGAGUAGGAAACACAGGGGUGAUUCUGUUGUGCUUUAUUCAUUUGCCCCAGGAGAGACCAUGAAAAUAGCAAGGUUAAUUCACCUUGUUGAGAGGAAAGGGGGUGGGAGCAGGGAUGAGAGAACCACAUGGACAAUGACUGUGGCUACAGGUUUCCAGGUUUUUUCUGGCCCUGCUCUUGUGCCUUUAACAAGUCUGAAAUGCAGAAAACCAGCAGGUUAAGCUUUUUCUUAUUUGAUAAAAGAAAUGAUGGGCCAAACGUCAUUUGCUAAAUUUCUGUCAGCCUACUUUUAUAGACAGGGACACAGGUGGCGCUGUGGUCUAAACCACAGAGCCUAGGGCUUGCCGAUCAGGUCGGCGGUUUGAAUCCCCGCGACGGGGUGAGCUCCUGU